GUUUGCAGACCAAAAACAAACAUUUACCUGUGUCAGGUGUGAUAUAACUACUCAUCUGGGUUACUAGGGAGGAUCCAGCUGCCAUGUCGUCCACAAAGGUUUCAGGAACUGCAUUGGAGAUUCCUGACAUAGUAGUCAUAGUUGUAUACUUCAUUUUCAUCCUGUUUGUUGGAUUAUGGACAUCUCGCUCCAACAGAGGAAGUGUUGGAGGUUACUUCUUAGCAGGGAGGAAUAUGCACUGGAUUCCUCUUGGUGCCUCCCUGUUUGCUAGUAAUGUGGGAAGUCUUCACUUCAUUGGUUUGGCUGGUUCAGGAGCUGCUGCUGGGAUUGCUAUAGGCAUGUAUGAACUUAAUGCAAUAUUUGUUGUACUGAUGCUUGGAUGGCUAUUUGUCCCUGUUUACAUUGCUUCUGGGGUAUUCACUAUGCCAGAGUAUUUAAAGAUGAGAUUUGGUGGUCAGAGGAUUAGAGUCUACCUAGCUGUUCUGUCUUUACUUCUCUAUAUAUUCACCAAAAUAUCUGCUGAUCUAUUUGCUGGUGCCAUCUUUAUUGAACAGUCUCUGAAAUGGAACAUUUAUAUUUCUAUAAUUAUUCUAUUAGCCAUAGCUGCUGUCUUCACCAUAACAGGGGGUCUUACUGCUGUGAUAUGGACAGAUUUUAUACAGACCAUUAUAAUGAUAAUUGGAGCCUUUGUUCUUAUGAUAAUAGGUUUUGUCCGUGUUGGGGGGUUUGAGGCAAUGAUUUUCAAGUAUCAAUUUGCUGUAUCUAACACUACCUUACAUUCCAACUCUACAUGUGGCUUGCCUAGAAAGGACUACAUGCACCUAUUUAGGGACCCUGUCACUGGGGACAUCCCCUGGCCUGGCAUCAUAGGCAUCACUAUUAAUUCUAUAUGGUACUGGUGUGCUGAUCAGGUUAUAGUACAGCGAACACUGGCUGGGAAGAACUACACAUAUUCCAAGGCAGGGACCAUUUUAUGUGGCUAUCUCAAGAUCCUUCCUCUGUUUCUUAUGGUGUUCCCUGGCAUGAUCUCUCGUAUUCUUUUUCCAGACAAGGUUGCUUGUUCCACACCCGAUGAAUGCUGGGAAAUCUGUAAGAGUCGAAGUGGUUGCUCAAACACUGCCUACCCUACUAUGGUCCUUGAACUAAUGCCUCAAGGUGCAAGAGGUGUUCUCCUUGCUGUGAUGCUGAGUGCCUUAAUGAGCUCUCUGACGUCUAUUUUCAACAGUAGUAGUACUAUAUUCACCAUGGAUGUGUGGACACGUUUUAGGAAGCAAGCUACAGACACUGAACUCAUGAUAGUGGGGAGGUUAACAGUAGUGGUGCUGGUGGGUGUUAGCAUUGCAUGGAUCCCAGUCAUACAAGCCUCACAGGGCAGUCAGCUAUUUGUGUAUAUACAGCAAGUGUCUAGCUUUCUCCAACCUCCCAUAUGUGCAGUGUACAUUCUAGCAGUCUUCUGGGAGAGGAUUAAUGAACAGGGUGCAUUUUGGGCUCUCAUGGUAGGCCUGUUGACAGGAGGGAUCAGAUUUGUCGUGGAAUAUGCCUACCAAAAGCCUUUAUGUGGUGAAGACAGGCCAGAUCCCACCCCAGAUAUAGUGAAGAACUUCCAUUAUUUGUACUUUGGCUCAUUCCUGUUUGCUCUCACACUGCUUGUUUGCACAGUUGUUAGUCUACUUACCAAACCAAUUGACAAAAAAUAUCUCUACAGGCUGACUUACUGGACACGGCACAGUAAAGAACACAGGGAAAAUAUAGAUACAAUGUACACUACCCCACAGCCUGUUGAAUAUAACAGUCAGGGGGAGACCGUCAUACUUCCUGUAAGCCAAUUCUCUGACAAGGAUGCUCACCAGUAUGAGACUUUGGGAACCAAAGAGAGUGAAGGAGCCUCUGGAUUCUCAGAUGGUCAUACAGAAGCCAGUAAAGCUGAAGCUGUUAACUUUACUGAAGUGACAAACACUGGAGGGACUGUGGUGCUAUCUGAAGAGGAACUCAGGGAAGAGGCAAAUGCAGAUCUUCCAUGUUGGAGACGUGCGUUCAACUGGAUAUGUGGUAUAGAGAAACAGCUAGUUCCAGAGAUAUCUGAUGAUGAGAGGAUAGCCCAAGAGGCCAAGAUGAUGUGUAUUAAAGAAGAGAAGUCUUGGAGAUAUUUCACAGAUAUUAAUGCCGUAAUACUCAUGACUAUCGCUGUCUUUAUCUGGGGAUUUUUUGCUUGAUGACAUUUUUUCUCUAAGUGAGGCCUGUGGUGGUGUUUUUUCUGUGGUACCCUCCCUCAAAAGAAGCCAAUUAGAUGGUUUCUGAGAUACUGUUACCUCAAGUUAAAGUUUAUCUCACAUAAAAGAUAUCGUCACCCAAAGGACCUUGAUUUUGAUCACA